GCGAGCUCUGGAUACGCGGAUUAUCCCGCUACACUGGAUUUGACCUCAGCAUCACUCCACCGCGCUCCAUCACUCGAAAUGUGGAUUUAAGGUUUUUUUUUUUUUUUUUGAGAAAAUUUGUAGAAUAAACCGGAUUCUCCACCGGUGGAGUACAAUCUGCGUCAUACAAGAUCAGGCAAAAGAAGGACCGAUGUGGCCAUUAACAUGCAGCGAUAUAAUAGAAUCAGAAGCAAUAUGGAGCAUCUCUGUUUUAAUCCAGAAAGUCGACUCAAGGGAACAUCAUCAGUAAAGCCCAUCUAGAUAACAGAAGCAGACCAGUUGUCCACUUCUAAUAUCAAGGCUGUUUGGUUUUUUUGGAAUUCAUCCCGGUACCGUUAAACAGGAUUUAGGAUAGCAUGUGUCAAGAACCUCAAUGGCCUCACCUUCUUCAUUCAUAUGGUUAUCAUCUAAAGGAUUUGAUGUUUCUUCAGUGACCUCCUUAUCGUUUGCCAGAAAAGAUAACUGAGGAGUUUUAUUUUGUUCAUUGCACUCUUGUAGCAUAACCACUGGUUACCAUGCCUCCCAUUUGCUGGCCCCAUUGUAUACUAUUACUAUUCAGCACCUUCCUGAGUCUUGGUUUGGGCCUGGAGUUCACAGGUUCAGAGGGUCAGUGGGCACGCUAUCUUCGCUGGGAUGCCAGCACCAGAAGUGACCUCAGCUUUCAGUUCAAAACAGCUAUAUCAGAUGCACUGGUUCUCUACUUUGACGAUGGAGGAUAUUGUGACUUCCUGCUCCUGAGUAUUGAGGAAGGCAAGCUGAAGUUGCAUUUUAGCGUGGACUGUGCAGAAACCACUAUAACCUCCGACAAGAUGGUAAAUGACAGUCGCUGGCACUUUGCCACCAUCAGCAGGCACAACUUGCAAACCGUGUUGGCGCUGGAUGGAGAGUCAAAGGUGGACGAGGUGAGACCACAAAGGCAGUUCAUGAAGAUUGUCAGUGACCUGUAUCUUGGAGGAGUGCCUCAAGACAUUCGGACAGCUGCCCUAACACUACCAGUGGCUAAGGAGAUGCCACCAUUCAAGGGGAUUAUUACAGACCUGGGCUACGGGAAUCAGGUUCCAACACGCCUGGGGAGCCAAAAUGUCCGGUUAGAGAUGGAAGGCUUGUGUACGGAGAACCCCUGUGAAAAUGGAGGCAGUUGCAGAAUGGCUGACGGUGAAGCUUACUGUGACUGCUCCAAAACAGGAUAUGUAGGUCGUUACUGCAAUGAAGCUGUGAACAAAACCCCUGGUAAGUGA